AAAAUAUCGCCCGUCCAUCAAGCCCAAAUAAUCAACGCACAAUGAAAAACAGUUUGAUAACAAUUUUUCAAGUUGCAAGAGCGAACUUCAGCUGCGAUUGGAUGUGGUAGUCGACCAGGGACGCAUAAAACAGACCGUCACAAUCGACUUACUCAUUUGUUCGUAAGCGCCGAAGAGCGGUCUCCACCAGAUCUUAUAAAGUCUGCCAUACACGUACGGAUUCGCUGUACAGUAAAACCAUCAGUUAAUUUUUCACGGAAAAUCGAAGUUUUCUGACGAAAUGUAUUGGACAGUGAACGGAAAUGGGCAUAUACCCGAUGCCAUAACUGUGGAUUUGAGAACGGACACUAUCAGUCAACCCACUCAGGAUAUGAGGGAUGCAAUGGUGAACGCAGUCGUUGGGGAUGAUGUCUAUGGGGAGGAUCCAACUGUUGCAGAGUUAGAGAGGAGAUCGGCAGAGAUGCUGGGGAAGGAGGAUGCCCUUUUUGUUGUCAGCGGUACCAUGGCAAAUUUGAUUGCUAUAAUGGUACAUUGUUCCAGGAGAGAUGGCGAGAUAAUAGCCGGUGACAACUCGCACACAUUCCGAUUCGAACAAGGUGGUCCAUCACAGAUAGCUGGUGUUCAAACUGCCUUAUUGAGGAACAGAGAAGAUGGCACUUUUGAUCUAGAUGAAUUAAGGGAUAAAAUACGAGUUGAUUCAGAUAUACAUGAACCCAUCACCCAGCUGGUGAUUGUGGAGAACACUCACAAUAUGUGCGGUGGAAAAGUACUUCCUUUGGAAUGGCUGGCUCAAGUGCAGAACAUUUCAAGGGAAUAUGGUAUCAAGGUUCAUAUGGACGGUGCCAGGGUCAUGAACGCUGCAGUUUACCAGAAGGUUCCGGUUGCUGAGAUUGCAAAAUAUGUGGAUACCAUCUGUUUCUGCCUCAGCAAAGGCCUUGGAGCCCCUGUCGGUUCUAUUUUGGCCGGAUCGAAGAGUUUCAUUGCAAAGGCCAAUAGAGUGAGGAAAGUUCUAGGAGGUGGUUGGAGACAAGCCGGAUUUUUGGCAGCUGCUGGUCUAGUUGCAAUAGACAAAAUGAUCAAUAGGCUGGAAGUAGAUCACAGACAUGCUCUUAAAAUUGCAACAGCCAUCAACGAGUCAGGAUCAAAAAUAUGUCGAGUCAACCUUGCAACAGUACAGACCAAUAUAGUGAUGAUCAAAGUGGACCGAUCCAAAAUAUCAGCCAGAGAAAUUGUGGAACGGUUGGCAACAGUGCUUCCUCAGGAUUCUGUGCGCGUUAGUUUGAGGACUAGUUGUCGUGACCCUGGAUUUUUCAGGAUCGUGUUGUACUGGGAAAUCACAGAAGAAUGCGUGAGAGCAGCUAUCGAUAAAAUAUCUCUCGUAAUGAAGGAAUUGGACGAGAAAUUUACCAAAAGAAGUGAUAAAAUGGAUAUGAUAGAAUGUUAACGUAAUUUAAUAAUUUAGAGAGAAAAUAGUAGGUAAUUGAGUAAAGCUUCAGAUUAGUUAGAAGGUUCUAAUACCGAAAGAUCUGAUUUUAGAUGAUGAUGAAUGUUUUUCUGACAUCUCGUCUAUGGACUCUGUGAAUUCUAAGAUUCUUUCGAAGUUAUUGAUAGUCCAUGCUUCAAUGUAAAUCAGGUUCACGGGUCAAUUUUCUUUUUAUUUACUGUCAAAUAAAAACCAUCUUCACUACUAUUUCCAUUGAAUUUACAAUAUUGCUCUAGGAAAGAAAAAACCGAAUUUGAAUUGUUUGAAGUAGAUAUGAAUUGAUAUUAUGACUGAAUUCAUUUAUAUUGAAUUCUCUAGUUUAGUGAAAUGUAAGAAAAUUAAUAAUUAAUUUUUUCUAAGUAAAUAGUGCAAUUGAUAAUAUCCUACUUAUUAUAGACAAAGUGUAAAAGUAUUAUUAUUAUGUGAUAUGAAAUACACUUCCAUAAUUUUUAA